AUGGCGCCAACGCAGAGGGAUGAGUACGUACUGCGCAUCCGAUCUUGCGGGACGAGUCUUCAAGAGGCGCGGGAGAUCCACGGGAAGAUUCUCCCUUUCAUCAAGCCCGGGGAUUCCUACGUCUUUAACAAACUCCUGGAGCUCUAUGGGCGAUGCGGCAGCACAGCUCUCGCGCGAGAGGUCUUCGAUGGCAUGGCGAUCCGGGACUAUCACUCGUGGAUCUUGAUGCUCACGGCCUACUCGCAGAAUGGAAACAUCGAGGGCACGAAGCGGCUCUUCGAUCGGAUGCCGCAGAGGACUGUUGUGUCGUGGAAUGUUCUUCUCACGGCAUUUGCCCAGAACGGGCAUUUUGACGAUGCGAAGCGCGUCUUUGAUUCCAUGCCCGAAUGGGAUCUCAUCUCCUACACGGCAAUGCUGGUGGCUUUCUCGCAGAACGGAGACCUUGAUGAUGCUCGAAAGAUCUUUGAUGCCAUGCCGGAGAGGAAUCUCGUCACUUGGAACUCGAUUCUCUCGGCGUUCUCCCAGAACGGGCACCCGCAAGAGGCCCAGGGCGCGUUUGAUUCCAUGCCCGAGCACAGCCAAGUCUCUUGGAACGCCCUCCUUGCGGCAUAUUCCCAGAAUGAGAUGCUGGAAAAGGCAAAGGACGUCUUUCACAAAAUGCCAGAGCAAAACUUGGUAUCCUGGACGGCUAUACUCGUGGCAUAUGCUCAGAAGGGGCAUCUGGAAGAUUCUAAGAGUCUCUUCGACUCGAUGCCCGACCGGAAUCUUGUGUCUUGGAACGCGAUGCUGUCGGCAUAUGCCCAGAACCACCGUACGGAAGAGGCCAAGCACACGUUUGACACGAUGCCCGAGCGGAGUCUAAUCUCGUGGAACGCGAUGCUGUCGGCCUAUGUACGGAAUGGGGAUCUGGAAGAUGCCAAGAAAAUGUUUGACGGGAUGCCAGCGCAGGACCUGGUAUCGUGGACCACCAUGGUGACGGGAUAUGCCCAAGCAGGGAAUAUCCGCGAGGCCAAAGCUUUGUUUGACGACAUGCCCCAGCAGAGCCUCGUCUCCUGGAACUCGAUGCUGACGGCAUAUGCCCAGGGCGGGCAUCUCCGUCACGCCCGCCAGAUAUUCCAGCAAAUGCCCCAACAGGACGACGUCUCCUGGAACGCGAUGCUCGCCGUACAGUCUCGUACGCCCUCCGCCACCGCCGCCGCCGCCCAGCUCUUCGAGAGACUCCCGACGCUCAGCGCCGCCUCGUGGGGCGCGAUGAUCGCUGCUUACGCUCACAAGGGCCGGUCCUGGAACGCAUUUGGGGUCUUCGCUGCAAUGGCGCUCACGGAUCUGCCGAAUGCUGCUUGCUUCGCCUCGAUCUUCAUCGCUUGCAGCCACAUUGGGAAGCUCUCGCUGGCGCACCGCUGGUUCCUGGCGAUGCGAUCGGACUACGCCAUGGAUCCCACCAAGCAGCACUACUGCUGCAUGGUGGAUCUCCUCGCGCGCGCCGGCUACCUCGCGGAUGCCCUAGACCUAAUCGCGCAGAUGCCCUUCGUGCCGGACGUGUGGGAGUGGACGAGCGUCCUGGCGGCCGCCAGGAGCUACGGCGAUGCCCGGCGCGGCGCCGCCGCGGCGGAGGGGAUUUUAAAUUUGAAUCCCGCGGGUAAUGGCGGGGCAUAUGCGUACGUGAUGCUUGCGAACGUCCACAGGUGCCAGGGUCGAAUCCUGCCAGCGCAACGCCAGCUAUGUGGUGGCGAUGGACAAGGCAUCGAUACUCUCCCAUAA